AUGGUGGAUCGCUCCGCACACGGCCACGGCAGCAGCCCUCACGUCGCCACGCCAUCACCCAACCCCCCCACUCCAGUCAGUCACUCCACCAUACAGCCUCUCCCCCUUCCUCCAUCCUUGUCUGAUUCAUCCUCGGAAUUAAUCCCCCUACAUGCUUCUGCCGUUACCGCGGCCCGCGGGGCGGAGAGAGGGGGGGAAGGUUGGAGGUUGCGCGAGAGCGACGCGAACGUGGCGACGGGGUGUGAAGGGGGAGGGAAAUAUGAUGGGGAGGAAAAAUCUGGUGGAAGCGACGGGAAGUUGCCUGGCGGGACGGGCAAAGGGGAGGGCGAGGCGGGCGCGAACGCGUCACAGGCGGCAGACCAAGUGCGCGCGUACAGGCGACACCUGGAGCAAAUGCAGGAGAACGAGAAGCUGCUCUACGCCGAGCCUGCCUUACCCCUCUCUCUCCCCGUCUCAGUAUCCUCCCACGUGCCAUUCCCUGCUUCCAACUCUCUUUCCCCGCAGAUUGACGAGUUGCGCGCGGCUCUUAGCGCGGAAAGGGAGGUGGCGCGCGCGACGGAGAGAGUGGCGGAGGCGGAAUGCUGGCGGAGGUUGGAAGUGGAGCGGGGGCGCGCUUCUUUGGCGCGGGAGGUAGAGCGGCUGCAGGAAGAGCUAGCGGAUGCGCUUGAACAGGCGGAACGCGCGGGGGAAGAGGACGGCGACGCGCGCGAAGGCGGGCGGGCGGAGCGGGUGAGCGAGGCGGAGCGGCAGGCGCGGGAGGAGGUAGCGGAGUUGGAGGAGCAGAUCGAGCAGGUGUGCGAGUCGGCGGCGCAGCGCGAGCAGCAGUUCCGCGGGCUGCUGAGCGACAUGGAGGAGGAGCUGAGUGCGGCGCAGGCCAUGGCGAUGGUCGCCAUGGAGCGCGAGGAGCGCGCGAACGAGGCGCUGCGGACGCUGCGGCAGGUGAACGACCAGCUCAUGCAGCGCCUGCUGCAGCAGGGCAAGGUGCUCCGCGCCGCCCGGGGGCCCGCGGAGCACGCCCAGCGGAACAGUGAUGGGGAGGGGGGGAAUGAGGGGGACGGCGGUGGCGGGGUGACGCGGGGCGAGCACGAGCGGGGCAAGGACGAUGGGGCGGCAAGUGCGGAGGGAGGUGGCGAGAAGGGGUCCGGUACAGAGGGCUGCGGGGAGGGUGAGGCGGAAGCGACGUUGGACGGACGGGAUGAGAAGAGUGAGGACAGCGCGGUAAGAGAAGUCGAGCCGGAGGUCGAUGCCGGCCCGACGCCGUGCGCGGAGGGGCUUGUGGACACGCCGCCGCUGCACUUGUGCGCCUCCCCGCCGAUGCUGCGCGGCAAGGAAGCGGCGGAGGGCCAGGGGAAGUCUCGCGCGAGCAGCUGCGAGACGAGCAGCGCGGGCAGCAGCCGCAGCGGGGGCAGCAUGACGGGGCUGUGCAGCGGAUGCCGCCAGAAGAUGAUCCGCGCGCGAGUGGGCGCGGCGGGGAGAAGCAGCACGCCCAGCAGCACGAGCAGCGGCAGCCGCGCGUCUACUGGCGAAAGCAGCCCCAGCCGGCGACAGGCGGAGCAAGGCGGACAGGCAAGCGCGCAGUGGCGCGAGCGGGACAGCGACGCGCAACCGCGGCAUCGGGGGGUGGCGGGCGGAGAGCGCGAGGCGGGGUCGGACGACGAGACGGCGUCGGAGUUCUCGUUCCACUUCCGCGGCGCGCUCUCCGACUCGGGCGAGCUCGCGGGGCUGUACGGUCCCGCCGUGGUGGGGUGCCGCCCGCGCGCGCGCGCGUGGGGCAGCGGGGACAGGUUGCGGGGCGGGGCCGGGGGAUCGAGGGCGGGCGCAAGGGACAGGCGGAAAAGGCAUGUCAUCCGUGAGGGGGAGGGGGAGGGAGAGGAGAGCCUGAGCUCUGUGAGCGGGGGAGGCGACGAUGCGUGCACGCGGGAGACAUGGCGGGGGCUGCUGGGCUGCGCGGGAAGGCAGGCGGAGGAAGAGCGGGGCGAGGGUGGCAUGCGCGCGCGUGGGAGGGGGGAGCGGGGCCCGGCGUGGAUAGCUGCGGAGCUGGGGAAUCUGGUAGGGGAGGCGGAGCGGGUGUGGGAGUGGGCGGAGGAGAAGGAGUGCGUGGAGCAGGGCAUUGUGCAGCUGUGCGCGGGGCUGAAGCUGCUGCUGCUCAAACUGCUCCACGGCGCGCAUGCGCGCGCGCUCCCGCGCACCAGCAAGCGGAAGCGGAGCGGCGACGCGGAGGGGCAGGGCGGGGGGGAGACGAGCGACGAGGACGAGGAGCUGCUGGCGCUGCUGGGCGCGGGGGAUGCGGUCGAGGAGGACGAGCAGGGGGAGGGGGAGGGGGAGGCGGAGGGGGAAGGGGAGGGGGAGGAUGACGAGGGAGAGGAGGGCGAGAGGGUAGAGUAUGAACGCGGUGGGGAGGGCGGUGGGCGGAGAGGGCAGUGGUUGUGCUUGGGGGAGAGGGGCGCAGACAGCAGGUGGGUGCGGGUGAGCAGGGGCGAGGGGGGGCACGCUGGAGGGCACGUUGAGGGCAGGGGCGGAGGCAAGGACGACGCGCGUGGCGGGCAGCAUGGGGGCUUGCUGGAGGGGUGCUGCGGCAGUGCAGGCGAGGACGCUUGGCAGGGAGACGAGGGGCGUGAGGGGUACGAGGGGUACGAGAGGUAUGAGACGAGAAUGGGCGGAGGCAGCGAGGGUGGGGAGCAUGGCGUGCAGCAAGGAGGCAGUAUCGCAGCACAGAGCGGCGGCAGCAGCGGUAGUGGGGAGCACGAGAAGGAGGGAGAGAGGCGCAGUGAGGAUUGGGGGGAGAGCAUGGAUAGUGACAUGGACGGGGAGAGGGGGUCGUGGUGCAGCAGGCAGGGGGAGAGCCUGGAUGGCAUGAUCGCCACGGAUUCACGCGACAGGGAUGAUGAUGAUGACGUCACUUCCACGGGCGAUUCGGGCGGGCACGGGGGGAAGGAGGGCGAGGCCAGUGGUGGGCGGGUGGAGGGAUCCGAGAUGGAUGGUGAGGGGGCGGAGAGGUCCCAGGCGGUAGAGCAGACGGGGGGAGGGACGAGGCUUAUCCCCACAGGCGGGUCUCACAGUGACGGCACAGCUGCUGAUGCAGCCUUGCAUGCACCUCCGGUCAGUGGCACGAGCAGGAACGGCAGCAGGAGCGAGAGUGGGCGGGACAGUGCUGCACUUGAGGAGGGAGACGAUGAGGGUGGGGCAUGCGAGCUGAGCGAGCAUGCGCAGGACGGCACUGGCGCCGAGGCGGGGGGCAGCAGGCGCAAGCAGCUGAGCGUGCUGCUGCCCCUCCCUCGCCCCGCGCUGCACCCCCUGUGUGUGUCCCCUGUGGGCGUGUCCAGAAGCCCGUCCAAGCUCGGCAAGUGGGUCGUGGGCGGCGUGUGGAAGGGCGUUGCUGCUGCUGGAGCAGCAGCAGGUGGGGCAGGAGCAGGGGAAGGGCAGUGCGUUGCGGCGGGCGAGGACGUGGAGAAGGAACUGGAGUGGUGCCGGGCGUCCCUGCAGGCGGUGACUGAAGCCGUGUACGUGCACAUGGCCGCCGUGCUGGAGCACAGCACACGCCCCACACUCAGCGACGGGUGUAAAGAGAACAGGGGCGGCAUGGAGGGGGGCAUGGAUGCGGAGAUGGUGGAGGGGGUGGUGGAGCGGUCGCACGGGCAGGUCAGGGAGGCGGAGGUGCUGCUGGGGAAGGCGCAGCGCACGCUGCAGCGACUCGCUGCGGUGCAGGGCAAGGGCCGGGCGCUGUGCCGGCGCAUGAGCAGCAAGCAGCGCGUGCUGCUGGAGCUGCAGCGCUGCCUCGUGCAGGCGCAGGGCGGGCAGGCGGAGCAGCAAGUGGGGGGAGUGAUGGUGGUGGGCGAGAAGCAGGAGCCCCACGUGCGCUGCAACUUGUUCUGGCGCCGCUGA